AUGGCCCAAAGUGGAAAACCGGAACUGACCAACUAUUUGGCCAAAUAUCGGGAUCCACAAACUCAUCGGUUUCUGGCAGUCACCGCACGAGAAUUUCUCGAAUGUUGGCAACACUACGACCGGGAUGGAAACGGCUAUCUGGAGGGAGCGGAACUGGACGGAUUUUUGCGCGAGUUCGUUCGCAGUGUGGUCCCGGGAACUAUUGGUGACGAAGUGGUUUCAGAGAUUGCCUUGGAACAACUGAAACAGGAAUUUAUGGACGCUUACGAUGACAACGAGGACGGAAAGAUUGAUAUCAACGAGCUGGCACAAAUUCUCCCCACAGAUGAAACAUUUUUAGCCUUAUUUCAACACGAGGCUCCGUUGUCCUCCAGUGUGGAAUUUAUGCGCGUAUGGAAACAGUUCGAUGCGGACGGAAGUGGUUAUAUUGAGAAAGAAGAAUUGCGCGGUUUCUUAAAACACCUUUUAGAACGGUCGAACAUAAAAAUCAGUGAGGACAAACUGGAAGAUUAUACCCAAACAUUUUUGAGCUUAUUCGAUCGGGAUGGGGAUGGUCGUUUACAGUUGAGCGAAAUGGCCCGUUUGUUACCGGUCAAAGAAAAUUAUCUCAUCAAACCGCUGUUCAAGAACACCAAUGAUAUCGAUCAACGUACAGUGGACCGAAUUUUUCGCAAAUACGACACAGACGGGAAUGGGAUUUUGGAAAAUGAGGAACUGUUGGGUUUUCUCAAAGACUUGCUCGAGGCCACUGGAGAAGAGUACACAGAGGAACGUAUGAAUCAGAUGAAAGAUUCCAUUUUGGACCAGUGGGAUGUGAAUCAUGAUGGAAAGAUUGGAAAGGAAGAGUUGACCGAUUUGAUUAUGCAUACAGUACAUAUUGUACAAGAAGCGGAAGCAUUUAAACGUGGUAAGGAGUAG